UCCCCGCCGCCCGAGGCCUGGCGUGCGCGGGCUGGGCACCGCGGGCCGGGCACCGCGGGCUGGCGCGGGGCCGGCCGGCCGAGGGCCGCCUGCUGCGCCGACUCGGCCUCCGACGGACGCCCGGGCCGCAGGGUUCUGAUGAUGGAGAUUGGCGAGGACCUGGACAAGUCCGACCUGUCUGCACUGACUUUCCUCAUGCGGGACUACACCGGCCGCGGCAAGACAGCCAAGGGUAAGAGUUUCUUGGAACUUGUGAUUGAAUUGGAGAAAUUAAAUCUGGUUGCUCCAGAUCAAUUGGACUUAUUAGAGAAAUGCCUAAAGAACAUCCACAGACUAGACCUGAAGAAAAAAAUCGAAAAACACAAGCAGUCUGUUCAAGGAGCACAAACGAGUUACAUGAAUUCCCUCCAAGCCUCUUUCCCAAACCUGAGUCUCACAGAGCUUUCACAGAACUUAAGGCUGCAGAACGGGAGGAGUACAGGACAAGGACUGGAGACACCACGUCAAAAACCCACGAAGAUGCCCAUCCAGGAAUCCGGAGCCCUCUCUUCUCAGUAUGUACCUGUGGAGAGAUACCGGAUGCAGAGCAAGCCCCUGGGCAUCUGUCUGAUCAUCGACUGUGUCGGCAACGCCACAGAAGUACUUCGAGGCGCCUUCUCCUCCGUGGGUUUCAAGGUCCAGUGCUUCCUAUACCUUAAGGUGGGUGACAUGGUCCAGAUUCUCCGCCAGGUGGCUUCCUCGCCCCAGCACCAGCACCAUGACAGCUUCGUGUGCGUCCUGGUGAGCCGCGGGGACCCCCACAGGGUGUUUGGCGUGGACCUGGCCCACGAGGGGCUGCCCCUGGAGCAGGUCCGGACAAUGUUCACGGGGGAUGCCUGCCCUCCCCUCAUUGGGAAGCCGAAGCUCUUCUUCAUCCAGAGCUACCUGGUAUCGGAGGCCCCUCUGGGUGCCAGCAGCCUCCCAGAAGUAGACGGGCCAGCAGUGACCAGUGUGGAGUCCACAAAACCAUGGCCUCAGCCCCACGAGCUGCACCGGGAGGCUGACAUCCUGUGGAGCCACUGCACGGCCCAGGCGUGCCUGCUGGAGCUGCCUGAGGCCUCACAAUCCCUGUACCUGCAGGGUCUCUCGCAGCAGCUGCUGCAGGACAGAAGACACCCACUGCUGGACCUGCACGUGGAGCUCAAUCGCAGAGUGUACGACUGGAACAGCACGGUUCCCCCCUGGCAGAGGUACAGCCUCGCCCUGAAGCACACGCUGAGGAAGACCCUCAUCCUGGCAUCUACCUGAUGCCCAGGCCUGUUCUGGCUACGCUGUUCCAUGUCCAGAGGAGCAGUUCAGAGUGCAAGACAGCAUGGCGUGAAGUGCAGAGCCCGAGCGGGGUUCACAGGCCGCCAGGAACUGGACUUGAAUCUGGGCCAGCACCGGUUCCUCUGUCAGGAAGCUAUUGCCUCUGCAGCUGAAAUACCCAGAGGAGGGGAGAGGGGACAGAGACAGAAAGGAGAAGAGAUGGGGAGGAAUGGAGAAGGGCUGGGGAGGAGAGGACAGGAGAGGAGAGGACAGGAGAGGAGAGGAGAGGACAGGAGAGGACAGGAGAGAAGAGAAUAGGAGAGGAGAGGACAGGAGAGGAGAGGAGAGGAGAGGAGAGGGGAUAGCUGGGUUGUUGAUCACUAUCGUUAUUUGUUUCUUUCCUGUCUCCCCAAAGCCAGUCUCCUCGUCCCUGAGGCCUGAGUGUGUUUGCCGACCACACAGAGGCCCAAGAGGGCAGUGUGCAAUGCAGCCCCGAGAGACCUGGCCCGCCCCAUGCCUGCUGCCCUGGGCUCUGCUCCGGGACUCCAGCACCUUAUGCUGCUGGAGUUCAUCAGGGCAGGCGCCGCAGUCUCCAGACCCCCCGGCCAUGCUGUGGGUGCUUGGGGAGAGGCCACUCUGGCCUGCUCAGCCAUCUGUGCAGGGCCGCUGCAGGAGUUGGCAGUACAGCCUCUGACACCUUCCCCUGACCUGCUCCCCUCGAGGGUUGCCAGGGGAUGAGGGUAUCCAGCCUGACUCAGCCUCACCCUGGGGUCUCCCCGCUGGGAGCAGCUCCCUCCUCCAAGAUGCCAAACCUCCUUUGGUCUCACCUGCUGGUCGGCUCUAUUUUGUUUUACAGCAUAACUGGUAAACUUUCCUCUUUUGUGGAGUACUAGGGAUUGAACCUACACUUUCACACUGAGUUAAACCCACAGUCCUUUUUUAUUUUUCAUUUUCAGACAGUCUCACUAAGUUCCCAGGUUGGGAUGGAACAAGCAAUCCUCCUGCCUCCAGCCUCCCAGGUGCUGGGAUUAUAGGUGUGUGCCACACACCCACCUAAAACAUAAUAGACUGAAACAGAAAAGAGAAGACUACACUAAAUAAUUCAAACUUUUUCACAGUCUGAAACUGAUAUUUAGCCCUGAUAAAAGGAACACAGUAAUGACAAGAUAAUUGCUGGUUAGAAAUUGUAGCCAUUCAGAUUAUACAAACAAGGUUCUUUUCCCAUCCUGAUGACUGCAGUAUGGAUGUGAUGGCUGGAGCUCUUGCUGCCAUCUUGAGCUGUGAAGAUAAGGUAGUGCUGUAGAGGCAGCUGCAUCCUGGGGAGGAGAAUGCUUCUUAGCUGAGGGUCAGAUCACCACACUGCAGGCUGCAUGCUCGGGGCUUGCGUGUGGGAGGGCACCAUUUCUCUGAGCACCAUUGGUCCUACUGGUGCACUGUUAUUUGGUUAAAGUGUAUAUGGAAUAUUUGUGCAUAUUAUAUGCUCACAAGAAAUGUUUCUAUAGAUAACUAUUUUAUUUCUAACUAAUCUUUAAAAUGCACACAAGCAGAAGUCUGAGCUGCACAGGUACUCGAGCCCCUGUAAGUGUGGGAUCUUGGGGUUCCUGGAUGGAUUUCCCGCCAAUGCCAAGGGCCAACUCUGCUGAGCCAACACCACCAACCCCAGCGCUGGUGAAGAGCAGAGUAUGGGUCUCAACUAACCCUGCUUUUCAGAAGUUUAAUUAAUGAAGCAGUUUAGGUGAAUUUAGUGUCUGUCCCAUGGCACCUGUAUCUUCCCCCUAGGCUGGGGAGCGCUGCUGUGUGGAAGCUCAGUCGCUCGGAGCUCUGCCCCGCGUGGCCGCUGGAGGGCGCCCGCUGCCUUGGCACGUGGACAGCGGCAGGUUCUGCGCAGACAGCAUCCUGCCUGCCUCUGACCCCUGUUGUCUGAGGAACUGUGUCUUUCCCGAUUAUGUUCACUUGGACUUUUAUUUAUUAAUAUUGUCACCAGAGUGUCAGUACUCGAUAUUUAAUACUUUGCCAUUGUGUAAUUUUUAAUAAAAUUUGAUGUGAAAUAUA